AUGGGUGAACUUCCAAUCUUUACUUGUCAAGCUCAUGUAUUUACAAUUAACCCUGAAACAAAAAAAUCAUGGAUUGCGUCAAGCAGUAAAGCGGUCGAUGUUAACUUCUUUUAUGAUUCAAAUAAGCAUUGUUAUCGAAUAAUUAGUGUUGAGGAUUCUUCUGGUUCAAAAAAGGUUAUCAUUAAUAGUACAUUAACGGAAAAAAUGACAUUUAAGAAGACUUCACAAAAAUUUGGACAAUGGGCCGAUUCUAAAACUGGAGGAGUUCAUGGUUUGGGGUUCAGUUCAGAAGCAGACUUAACCAUGUUUAUCAAUCAAUUUAAACAAUGCGUAGAUUCAAUGAAAACUCAAAUUCAAACCGAAUCAAAUGGUCCAUCGGGAAUUCGUGUACCAUCGGAUUCACUAAAUUUAACACAAGACAAUUUAUCAAUCCCCAUACAAAAUGGUCAAAUUCAUUCACCGACAUCGAAUAGUACUAGUAUCCUAAUUAAUCAACCCACUACACCGACAUUCACACCUACAUGUUUGAAUUCACACCAGAAUAUUUCAAGUCCAAUAUCUAUACAACAUGUGAAUUCGGUAUCAUUACCUACAACAGUUACACUAACAACACAAUCAUUAUCAUCAAUCACAACAACAACAACAACCAAUGCACUAAAUGAAAUGUAUUCAAAUCAAUCUGUACAAAAUCAAUUGAAAUUAGCUCAAGCACAAGUGAAACGAUUAGAAGCAGAAAUUAAUCAUUUAAAACGUCAAGCUAUGCCAAUAAUGGGUAGUUCAAUGAAUAAUGGAUUAGCAUAUACAACAAAUUAUGGUAAUAUUGAUCCAGGACUAUCAAUGGAUACUGUUGAUAGUUCAGAUCUACGAUGUAAUAUUGCUCGUUUAGAAUUGGAUGGAACUAAUGGCGGUGGAGCUGCUGUCGUCAAUAAUAAUGGUGAAUGGGUCAACGAACUUAGUAUUAAUAAUAAAAGUAAACCAGUUGGCACUAUUCAUCCUUCAUUAAUACAAGGAAACCAAAAUAGACUAUUAUGGAUGGAUCGGACAUCACAAGACACUAUAAGAUCAUUGCAUAUACGUUUAGGAAAUAUAUUAAAAGAAGCCUUAGAAGUUCAUAAUCGUCUCAGUUCUCUUCUAUCGAUUCCAUCUGUAGAAUAA